CGCCCCGCCCGACUGGCAGCUCUGCUAGCCAAUGGCAGCCCAGGGCAUCAGCCGCUGAGGGCGUGACGAUCGAGUGAGCCAAUAGAGAGCAGGGGGGCGUGGCCCGAGAGGCGGGAAACGGGAAGUGGCGGCGGCGUGGGCCGCGUGGGGAGCCGCGGAGAGAUGGGGCGGGGACCGGCACCGGGACAUGGCCGGGGACAGAGGCAGAGGCCGGGACAGGCACCUGGACAGCGGCCAGGGCAGAGGCCGGGACAGGCACCUGGACAGCGGCCAGGGCAGAAAUCGGGACAGGCACCUGGACAGAAGCCAGGGCAGAAAUCAGGAGAGGGAUCGGGACAGAAAUCGGGACAGGGACCCGGGCGGGGCCCGACCGCCCUGCGCCGCACCAGGAAGGAGAAGAAAGUGGACAACAUGAAGCCCAAGCACCCCGAUGAGCAGGAGAUCCCCUUCCGCCUGCGGGAGCUCAUGAGGAGCCGUGAGGCCAUGAAGCGCCCUGACCCUGGGAAGCAGCAGGCGGCAGAGAAGAAGCAGCAGCCCAAGGCAAAGGGCACCAAAGCCCAGGGUGGCAUCCCUGUGCCCCGGUUCAGGAGAGGGAAGGGGGAGUCAGAGCGCUCCUACAUCUGCCGCAUGGAGCAGGAGGUGAAGCACAUCCUCUUCCUCACCAAGAACCAGGUGCAGCGGGAGCCUGAGAAGGAGACCACAGCACCAGUGAAGUCCAAGAGAAAGAAAGAGUUUCAGAGAAAGAAGCUGGAAAAAGCUCGAAAGAAGAGGGAGGAGAAGAAAGAGGCCAUGCUGGAGAAGAGCCGGUUCCAAGACACGGUGGCAUUCGGGGAGGUGGUUACGCAGCCGCCCACCAUCACCUCACGGCCCAGGGGCUGGGGCCCUGCAGAGCAGGCUGGACGGAAGCAGCUGCUCUUGAAGUCUCCCCUGGGCCAGAGCCAGGUGUCCCCAGCAGCGCCGGUGUCAAUGGCUCGCCAGCGCAUCCUGGAGGAGGAGAGAGCCCGCGUCAUCCAGGCCUACAGGGACAUCCAGAGGCACAAACAGCAGCAGCGGGAGAUGGCACGGGGUAGCAGCACCCAGGCUGGCCGUAGGGUGCCCCGCUGAGCCAAGCCUGGAGGAGCUGGGCCUCUCUGGUCCCAGCGGAGUCGCACAGGCAAUGUGCAGGCAGCACAGGACACCAGGAUUUGAGGAGAGUGGUGCUGAUGCUCCUCUUCUGUUGUCAAGCCCUGGAACUCCCCACAGCCCUUCAGCUUGACUCAGGGCACCUGAUGGCACAGGAGCUGGAACCCCUGAGUGCCACGGAACUGUUUGUAGUUAAAGUGCCAUUUAGUGCUGAUA